GGCUGGCCCCAGAUUGCGGCAUUUCUCGAGAGCGCUGACAGUUUCGGAAUCUACAGAGGUUUUGGUCAGUCUCAUACCAGGCUCCUUGUCGCUUAUGAGACUGAUAUAACACGCCUUGAAAAUCAAAUUCACGAGUUAGAUGUUGCCGACGAGAAGUCUGAGGAGGGAGUGCGCCGUCUCAUAAGUUCAUGCCACCCGGAAGGGUUUGAUACUACAAGGCGCGACUUACUAGCCCAACUAGAGCAAAAGCUUCUUUCAUAUGGUACCCUGCUGCUCCAGCAUCGGCAGAUCAAAACUUUGCCUCGGACACCAGAGCAAGACCACAAGAAUGUAUUCAGAUGGAUUUGGAGUGAGAAACCGGUAGAAGAAGGGGAAUAUGACUGGAUAUAUCCUGUAGAAGAUUUCGUUUCUCUAGUGCCUCCACCACUCAAGCCGCGCAAUCAUUUCGAAGCUUUUGUUCGAGCUCAUGUCGAUACUCGACCGCUGUCGUGGCUAAAGAAAUUUCUCCAACCUACGAAUCACUCCAAACGGUCAAAUGCCUCAGUUCAUUUCUUUGCCACAGGACGCAUAAAUAUACUUGCCAGGCUCAUUGUUGUUUUCUUUGCUGUAUCGGUACUUUUCAUUCCCGUUAUCCUUUUUUUGUUGACGCCAAUGAGUAGAGGUUGGAUGUCCUGUGUUGUUCUCGUGUUCGUUUUCAUCUUUUCAGCCAUGAUAUCGCUCCUUACCGAGGCUGGGAUGUCAGAUAUCUUCAUUGGAACAGCCACCUACUGUGCGGUGAUUGUAAUGUUCUUAGGGAAUCUGCAAGGCCCAAGUAGAUAA